AAGCCGCUGGUGACCGGUCUGCUCUACCAAGCUUAAAUGCUCCACAGCGUCCUGUCCAACUUUGGCAAGUGAACUUUUGUCCGUUUAGUAUCGCUGUGACCGAAGGAGAACUUCAGAUACUGUGCGGUGAAAUCAAAGACAUUCUUCCAGUUAAUUACAACAGCAAUGACAAAAAAAAAAUCUAAAGCAAAGAAGCAUAAGAAAGAAAGGAAAAGAUCGCCCACACCUCCCUGUGAGGACAGAAGGAAGCGAAAAGACGACAGAGAGACUCCUGACAGGUCAAAGGAGAGAAAAAAACAUGAGCAUGUGUCUAGGAGAAAAAGCUCUGGCAGUUCACAGUUAUCUACAGAAGACAGUCCAAAGAAGGAGACGUACAAAAACAAAUCAGAUGUAAAAAUCAAGCAGACGGUGUUCAGAAACAAAAUAUCUCAGGACAGCGAUUACAGAGCAUCACAUAGCUCAGUGAAAUGUUCCUCUUUGGAAUACUAUGUCCCCAGCACUGGGAAAAGCUCAAGCAGCCAGACUCCAUCCAGGUCUUCCUCUGUUGUCUCAUCCAAAGAGCUGGAGGAGCAGAGGAAAAAACUGGUUAAGAGGAGGUCUACAUCAGAGGAGCCCAGACAAAGAUCGCCAAAGGCUGCAUUUCUUCCUGAGGAGAAGAGCAAGAAGCUAGAGAAGAGGAAAUCCUUGCCAGAGGAGGGUUGCCCUGCAGCCAAGAGGUGGAACACUGCAGAGCAGGUUGAUGUUGGUGUGGUGCACCGAAAGUCUGCAGAGUUGACUGAGCAGAGAAAGAAGCUGGUGGACCGCAGGUCCAGGGAGCUACGCAAAGAGGUUGUUUCAGAAGGGAAAUGUAGCUGUCCUAUUAAAAGAGAAAGCGAGCACUCAAAAGAGGCUUCAUCCUCCAUCAAAAAUACAAAUGCUACCCAGCAUGUCGGUCCCAAAAUGCAGGACAGCGACAGACAAAGAGGGCAGUCUCACUCUGCAACCUUAACCUGUCAUCAAACCUCAGGUGUAGAGCCGUCAUCAUGUCUCCGUCUUCCAGUUACUUUCAAAAUCCCAAAGAAGUCUAGUGUUGUAAAACCACAGACAGACACAGAUGUUUGGGACAAUCGUAAAACAUCUGCAGUCAUCAAAAAGCAUUCCAUCCCUGUUUCUGUGAGCUCUCCACCUGCACAGCGAAAUAAACUGAGGCCUACAGACGUUUCUGCUCGAGUUCCUCCCUACUUAGAGUCACAUAAAACAUCUUCACCUCAAGUCCAGCUUGGGCAGUCUAGUCCACUGAGAGAGAGAAGCUCACCAAGGAACACUGCUAUACAACAAGCUGUUUGUCAAGGUACUUCUACUGUGCACACAGAAACGUUUGACAAUGACCAAGAGAUGCAGCUGGUUGAAGAAUUGCACUUGGCCCGCUCUGACAAGAGACUCCAGGUGAAUGUGGUGGAGAGCUGUGGAGAGCUUACCUGCAUGGAUGUCGACCCACCAGAGGAGGGCAUCACUGAGGCACAUAGUCAUGGGCAGCACCUGCAGGACCUCUUCAUUGUGCUGGACACAAAUGUUCUCCUCAGCCAUCUGGACUUUGUGAAGAAGAUGAGGUCUCAUGGGCUUGGAGCCCUGGGCUUUCCUACGCUGCUGGUCCCCUGGGUGGUUCUUCAAGAACUUGACUCACUGAAGAGUGGAAAAUUGUCCAGGGAAGUGGAGCACAAAGCUCGGCCAGCUGUCCAUUACAUCUACAGCUGCUUGAAGAGCCAAGAGCCACGUCUCUGGGGACAGUCCAUGCAGCAGGCCUCCCAGGCUUCCUGUGGGCUGGGCGUCGUGAACAAUGAUGAUCGAGUGCUGCAGUGCUGUCUGCAGUACCAGAUGUUGUAUCCAGAGGGCACUCUCAUCCUAUGCACUAACGAUAAGAACCUGUGCAGUAAAGCUCUGUUGAGUGGAGUUAAUGCGCUGAGUAAAGCAGAUCUAUGGGAGCAGGCAGAAGGAAACCUUGGGCUGUUAAACCGCAGCCAUAGCCAGCAUGCUGCACGUCCUCCUGUAGGACACACCAAAGAAGAGCAUGAGAGAAAGCUGUGUGAUGAAAAGGAGGAGGCGAGCAGGAGGACGGCAUCUUGUGCAGAGUGGCAGCUGAGUGAGUGUGUGCCUGUGCUGGAGAGCAACCUGCAGAGUGCUCUCUCUGCAGUUCUGGAGGAAGAGAUGAAGGCUGCUUAUGGAGAGCUGUGGACAGAGAUAGUGUAUUUGAAUCCUCCUUGGACUCUGGAGACUGUGCUGCAGUGUUUCCGGAAGCAUUGGAUUGCUGUGUUUGGGAACAUUAUCAAGAGAAAUCUAUUGAGUUGUGUAGAGAUGCUCAGCAGCUGUCUGUGCUUAGGUGCAUCAGUGGAGCGUAGCUCUGUUCUAACUGCAUUGCGCGCAGCGGAGGAGCUGCUGAUGGAGCUUAGCAGCAGGUCUCAGUACAGUGGCCACGUGGCAACAGCCCUCUCCUGCUUCCAGACUCUACGACACAGACUGCAAGGCCAGGAAGUGACAGUGGAGGACACCAGUGAUGGUGACACCCUGAUGGCUGAGGCAGUGGAAGAUGUAGCACCACCUCCCCAGACUUCUCCUAAUGAAGUGUGGGCUUUUUUUGAGAGCCUCUGGAACAAUGUCUGUCGUGUCAGCUCGACUCUGUUCUCGGCACUACAGUACUCACCAGACUCAGUGGAGACAGUGCAGCUGUUAUUCACAACCCCACCUCAGGAUGCUCUGACCUGCCUCCACAGGCUCUCCACUGCUCUUACACAGCUACUGGAGGCCUUCCAAAGGGUACUGUCUGUGGACAGCACUGUUGAGGAUGCUCAGACCUUGCUCACUGUCAUUCACACUAGUGAGAUUGCUGCUGUGGAGCCACGGUUCACUGCCAAGGACCUGUUUGAAUGCCUGUCUCAACGAGAGUACAGGGAAAAGCUGUGUGUAGGAGGAGCCCAGCUGAUGGAGCUAAGAGCAAAUCUGGAUCGCUGUGCAGCUGCUGUGUGUGGUCAGAGUGAAAGCAGAACCUGAAGCUGGUAAUCAAACACAUCCAAACUUCACUGACAACCAAUUCACAUCCACACUACAGCAGAGCAGCUGAGUGGUUCAAUAUUCAGUUGGACUGAAGAACGUUGUUUACAUAUGUGACUACCACCAAAACCACAUCAUCUUACUGCACCUCCACUUUUAUACCAGGCUCUUCACAAUCACAGCACUAUGAAGUUAAUCUAGGUUAACCUUUUAAGCUCUUCUUUACGGCGGCCGACAAGACCCUAUUCGUAGUACAAUUAAAAACACUGCAAAGUCAUAAACGCGCUGCAAACACAGAACACUUUCAUCAACAUGACCCUAUCAGUGCUGCAUUUUACAGAUGCACUCAUAAAGAAACAACACAUGCAACUUCUGAAACGCUGCAAAGCCAGUCACAACAGCCACAACACAACGGAACUGUUUCUGGAAGACGCUAAGGGCUCAGAGGGGAUGGAAUAUCUAUGAUGUAAGAUCACUGACAGAACUAGAUAAGACUGCUGACACAUCCCAAGUUCAUGGUUAACCUGCCUAGUUCGCUAUCUGACGUUGGAACCGUACCGUGGGAGUUCUCUAGUAUUACUAGUUUAACUUUUACAGCUAAUUCCCGUUACGAUACUGUGAUUGCAAUGGUAUGCUCAAAUAAAAGUUGGCUUACUUUUACCAGUGAACGUUUGUGCUGCGAAGGCUACAUCCUCUUUAAGCGUCCUCUGGAAACAUCUCUGUUGUGUUGUGACAGACUUAUGGGCAUUUCUGAAGUUGCGUGUGUCUUCUGUGUUUGUGGUGCGUUUAUGGAAUGUGGCGUCUGUGUGGUCAGUUUGCUGAAAGUGGUUUCUGAGUUUGUGGAAGGUCUACGACUUUACAAUGCAUUUGUAAAACUGUUGUCAGUUUGAUGAAAGUGUUUUGUGCAUUUGCAGCUCAUGUUUUAUUUGCAGUUUGUUGGGUCUUUUCUGCCACCGUAGUUCUAAGACCAGCUUUACCUUUUCUAUUUGGUUUUCUCUGUGAGAAGCUGGGUCUUACGGAAGUCCGGAGAGGCCAUGUGCUGUUGCUAGAGUUUUCUGUUGUUAUCUUGAUCUAACAAGUUAAUUAUCUUGUGAUCUCAAGUUAACAAUUUGGUUAUCUUGAGAUCACAAGACACCUCACUCAUAAUCCGAAGAUAACUUUUGUUAUAUUGAGAUCGCAAGAUAAUUAACUCGUUGUCUGAAGAUAACACUCCAGAAAAUCAUAACCACCUCAUGGCCUGGACUUACAUAAGCUUUAAAUGUCCUUUUAAUGUCCUUGCUGUUAGUUCCAUAUGAGAUAGUCGAACAUUGUUGACAAACCCUCCAUUGACGUUGAAUUGAAUCUUAGUUUGGUCUCAUUUACAACCUGUUUUAGAGGCAGUUUAAGUUUUUACUUUAACAAAUUACGGAUGCACUUGGUUUUGUGCAAAAGUUUGGGUACCCCAGACAAAUUGUUUGUUGAUUUUCUAAGUAAAAAUAAGGUAACUAAUCCUCUAUGGAGAGUAGACUUCUGCCCAUUUUAAUGCAUAAUUCCUCUUUUUUUUUAACUAAAUUUAACAUAUUGGAAGACAAAUAAUAAAACAAAAUGUAGCCUCUGUAAAGGUUUUGGCACAUUCUGUGUUUUGUAUUUUUUUUUCUAAUUAAUUAAGUUCUUUUCUCAGCAAAUAAAUGUGCAGGAAGAUAUUUCUAUAUAAUUAUUUUGCCUCUAUAGGAUGUGUUAUUUUCAUUCAAAAUCAACUAAACGUAAUUUGACCGGGAGUGUUCAAACUUUUUGUACGUACAACCGUACAUCUACUUACUUUAAUACUGAAAAGUAUUGCCCAGACUCUCUGUUGUGAAUGGGAGAUAUUACCAUGGUUAAUUACAAUGUAAAUAAGUUCUCAGUUAGUCUGAGGAUGGAAGAGCUACCUCAUUACGAGAUGCUCUAAGGGAAGAUUUCACCAAAAAGUACUAGCUUUGCUAAUAAUGAACAAAAGCUAGAAGGGACCCGUCAACAUACUGCCUCCCCCUUUUAUGCAAUGCUAUUCAUGUUUAAACUCCUUCAUAUGCACUGCAGUGUUGAAUGUGUCUCAGUGAUUUGAAGGACCUCUGUGUUAGUUCCUGGUCAGUGCUUCUGUUCUCACAGCUGGUCAGAAAGACUGCUGCUUCUGCUUUGCUCAGUUUAAAAUGUUGCCUUUAGGACUAUGGAUCGUUCAAAACCACUGGAGCCACUGGAGACUUUGGAUGUGUUCAUGCAUUCCGUUUGAGUCAAGAUGCCUUGCAGAUUUGCUCAUCUUCAAGCAGUGAACUGAUUUUAGCUCAGACCUCUUUUGACUUUGCUUUGAGAUCAGCGAGCAUCCGCAGUACUGCGCAAAAAUCUUAGGCUGGCUCUACACAAUGAAAUUUGCAUGCAACUUUAGUUGCCUAAAACAUACAUGAAACUUAAUUUCAGUUUGCAUUAUGGAAAGAGUCCUGUAACUCAUUUAAAACUCAGCCAUAACCGUUGCAGACAUCUCAGUUUCAGUUUUAUAAGACAACCAAUCAAAACACCGGUAACACAUCACAUGAUCUUGUAGAACAACAUACUGAUACCAAAAAACUGAUUUCACUGGAUCAAUGGAGAGUAAAUAAAACAGAAGAGGCUUUACUUGGCUGUUGAAAAGGAGACCAUCAAACUAUUAUAUUAUAGAGAUUGUAGAUAUAUUAUAGAGACAGAGACGUGGUCCGUGAUGAACUUGUCUUGCUCAUUCUGGCCUAGAGUCACAUCAGAUUUAUCUAUACCUAUAAUAGCUAUUUAAACAUUCAUUUUCAAAACAUAUAGAUAUAGACAAAAGGAACACCAGUGACGGCUGAAAAAAUCAUGCAAAGAUGAUAAUGCUGGAAGUCUAAGUUGGUAUAAGUAAUAUAAGCUGCUGGAGGAGUAAAUGCAUGUGUUGUGUGCAACUUUCAUAGUUUUUGAUUUGUGUAACUGUCAAGUUGCACAGGACUUAUUGCAUGCCACUCGCAACAUGCAACUAGUUGCAUGAAAGUUUCACCGUGAAAACAGUCUGAGAAAAUGAUAUGUACAGAUAUUUAUCUGGAUAGUAAGCGUUUAUGCUUAAAAAUGUUGCAAUCUCAGGUUCAGCUUAGCUUUUACUUCAGUAUUUGCCAGGUUAAUAUGAACAUUGCCUUGAUCCAGUCAGUCUGUAAAGUAUUUAAAAGCCCAUUCUGUUUGUUUCUGUCUUAUUUAGUUUGUUUGUUUGUUUGUUAGUUGUUCUGCCGUCACAGUAAUAAUGUACUUUGGUUAGCUAUAAAGCAGUUGCUGCUUAGUAACCAGCACUCAGCAGAAUGAUAAAAAAAAUGCUGUUGUCACAAAUAACACCAAUCAGAACUAACUGUUGUAUGAAAGCGGUCAUGAUCUCUAAUAUAGCACCUGUCAUGAUGAUUAAUGGUAAAGGUAACUUUGACGCUCAGACCAACCAGCCACUUCAUUAGAGUGUAACAGUUUGAUAGUUUCCCAACUCCAACGCACCCACUAAACCUGGCAAUUAACAAAGAAGUAAAAUCAGGUGUGUUUGAGAAGGUAAAUCACCAGACUGUGUUGGACAACGGCCCUUCGUGCAGCCCUGUUCUAGCCCUUCAUCAGUAGUCGCAGGACACAUAGGACGCUGUUGGCUGGAUAUUUUUGGUUGGUGGACUAUUCUCAGUCCAGCAGUGACACUGAAGUGUUAAAAGGAACUCUGCUCUGUCUGAUC